UUCUUCUUCUUCUUCUUUUCAGCUUCCUUUCGACUUUCAUUCCUCUCUUCAGUGAUCUCUUAGUUUACUUUUUACAUUUCCUUUUGGUACUCAACUAUGGCUUCGUCUAUUGAGGAAGGAGCUGGGAGAGAUCUUGAAAAAGGACAAAUGACUCCACAGUUGAGUCAAAACUCUCUUUGGGAGCCUUCACUGACGCCAUCACCUACGCCUUCGCUUUCGCCAUCCCCUUCACCUUCUUCAGCAACAGCACCAGCUUUGGUCCUUUCCAACUCAGGGAAACGCAUAGACCAAGCAGGAAAAAAGAAGUAUGUGAAACAAGUGACGGGUCGUCACAACGACACUGAGCUGCAUUUGAUAGCUCAGCGCGGAGAUUUAGGAGCAGUUAAACAGAUUCUUGCUGAAAUAGAUUCCCAAAUGGUGGGGACCUUAAGUGGGGAUGAUUUUGAUACAGAAGUUGCAGAGAUAAGGGCGUCAAUUGUGAAUGAGGUGAAUGAGUUGGGGGAAACUGCACUGUUUACAGCUGCUGAUAAAGGGCAUAUACAAGUUGUGAAGGAGUUGUUGAAGUAUUCGUCCAAAGAGGGUCUUACAAGGAAAAAUAAGUCCAAUCUUGAUCCCUUGCAUAUUGCUGCGAUCCAAGGGCAUCAUGCAAUUGUCCAAGUGUUACUAGAUCAUGAUCCCAGCUUAAGCCGAACAUUUGGCCCAUCAAAUGCAACGCCGCUUAUAUCUGCAGCUACAAGAGGACAUGCAGCUGUAGUCAAUGAAUUGCUGUCAAAGGAUAGUAGCUUAUUAGAGAUAGCUAGAUCCAAUGGGAAAAAUGCAUUGCAUCUAGCUGCCAGACCAGGCCAUGUAGAAAUAGUGAGAGCAUUACUCAACAAAGAUGCACAAUUGGCCCGAAGGACUGAUAAGAAAGGGCAGACUGCACUUCACAUGGCUGUAAAAGGACAGAGCUGUGAGGUGGUGAAACUGCUUCUUGAGGCUGAUGCUGCUAUCGUAAUGCUUCCAGACAAGUUUGGUAACACUGCAUUACAUGUAGCCACCAGGAAAAAGCGAGCUGAGAUCGUGAGUGAGCUGUUAUCCCUUCCUGACACCAAUGUUAAUGCACUAACCAGAGACCACAAAACAGCUCUUGACAUAGCUGAAGAGCUUCCCCUAUCUGAAGAAGCCUCAGAAAUAAAGGACUGCCUUUCUCGCUAUGGUGCUGUCAGAGCUAAUGAACUGAACCAGCCCAGGGACGAGUUGAGGAAAACCGUGACUCAGAUCAAGAAAGAUGUUCACACUCAGUUAGAACAAACCAGAAGAACCAACAAAAAUGUUAGUAAUAUUUCUAAAGAACUCAGGAAACUCCAUCGGGAAGGGAUCAACAAUGCCACCAAUUCAGUAACUGUUGUGGCUGUACUAUUUGCCACAGUUGCUUUUGCAGCAAUAUUUACUGUGCCCGGUGGGGAUCAUGAUGAUGGAAUGGCUGUGGUGGUGCACAGUGCCUCUUUCAAGAUCUUUUUUAUUUUUAAUGCAAUUGCGCUCUUUACAUCUUUGGCUGUUGUCGUUGUCCAAAUUACACUAGUCAGAGGCGAGACGAAAGCAGAGAAACGAGUGGUGGAGGUGAUUAACAAGUUGAUGUGGUUGGCUUCUGUUUGCACCUCCGUGGCAUUUAUGGCGUCUUCAUACAUAGUCGUUGGUCGGCGACAUGAGUGGGCAGCAAUUUUGGUGACACUUGUCGGGGGAUUGAUAAUGGCUGGGGUUCUUGGCACCAUGACUUACUAUGUAGUGAAAUCUAAGAGGACUCGAUCAAUAAGGAAGAGAGAGAAGUCUGCAAGAUUUAGAAGCGGAUCCAACUCAUGGCCGCACUCUGACUUCUCCAAUUCUGAAAUCGAUCGAAUUUAUGCUCUCUGAGUGUGGACCUGUAACAUUUAAGAAUAUUUAUGGUUGUAGAGAAUAGAGCGAUGUAAUCAAACAUGUAUGAAAAAGAUGUUGAGGCAUCACUUGCUUAAUAAUAUAGAAGUUCACAUUAAGCAUAAUA